UGUAAAUAAACAUAAAAAUAAUACGUCGACAAGUCUCACUUCGACGAUUAUUAUAGACGAAUUCCAAUAUUUAAAUCAAACUUGUUUUGUCUGUUUAAAAAAAAAACACUCAAAUAAAAUUCUCAGUGAAUGAUUAUUGAUUUUGAAAUUAAUCAUUGUAUUCACUCGAAAUGUCUUCUGACGAGCAGAAGAAGCAAUUGCUGGCGCAAAAAUUCUUUCGAAGUUUGAAAAGUAAGCAAAAAUCCCCCAAGACCGAGCAUACAGCUGUUUCUCCGAAAAAGUCAAAAAUGUCUACAGCCAAAACAGACGGACAAAGCCAAGAAAGUGAAGUAGAUUUAACAAAUCGAGCCAUUGAAGAGAUUCAACGUGAAACUCAGCGUGCAUCGAGAUUGGCCGAAGAAAUUGGUCCGAGUGGUUGGCGUAUGAAAACACAACGAACAAACAAACGGUUUUUGGCCAAUACAAUGCGAUCUGUGCUGAGUCACAAUGAACGAACUAGUGUCAAGUAUACAAAAGAGUCGAAGCGAAAAUUUGAAGAACUUUCGAAACGGCCACCGAAAUUCGGAACACGACUACAUUCAUUCCAGUCAUCGGACGAAAGAAUGAACAAAGAAAAGAAUUCUACAGAUUCGUCAACGAGAUGAUCCACAAUUUUCGCUCGAACCAACUGUCAUAGUUUGGACAUUUCUCUAAAGCAACUUUGCCUUUUUUUCUAAUUUUAAGUUCAUUUUACACAGAAAAAAAAUCUUUAAAAAAAUGCAUAAACGGUGCAGAAAACAAAGAAUU